AUGGCGCCAGACCUAGCGCUUAACGACGAGGAUUGGGAGCAGGCCGAGGGCGUCCCAAGUCUCAGCGACCCGUUCAUCCAAAAGUAUCUUUCCGGAAGAGACGCCCUAGUAGAGCAAGAAAAGAGACAACGAAGCGACUAUCAUUUCCGCCAAAGCCUUUCCCCGAUGGCCACAGAGGCCUGCGCGAUCGUAUCUCAGAUAAGAUUCGCCGAGCGACAAACUUUGUGGACCAGAGAGUAUGAGGACAGCCUCAUGAGCGAGCAUGUGGACGUCUUCCCUGGAAUGAUGUUCACACUCGCCAAGGACCGCAUGGAGAAGAGCAAGCUAUGGCAGAUUGUGAAGAAGAUGCCGAAAGGAGCGCUUCUGCACUGUCAUCUCGAAGCAAUGUUGGACUUGGACUGGGCGCUCGAGGAGGCGUUCGCUACGGAGGAUAUAUGCAUAAGGAGCGAUGCGCCGCUGACGAACGAGCAGGCGCGCUUAAAGACACGGUUUUCUUUUACCUACUCCAAGACGAAAGCGAACAGCGAGAUCUCCAUAUGGAGGGACGAGUAUUCUGCAGAUACUCAAGUUCCUCUUACAAAAGCCGCGGACAGUUUCCCGGACGGAGGUCGAGAAGGCUUCAUCGAAUGGGUACGGUCACGGACCACCAUCACGGCGGAUGAGCAUCUGAAGCACCACGAAGGGCCGAACGAGGUCUGGCGCAAAUUCAUAUCCUGCUUCCCAAUCCUAGGCUCAAUCAUCUAUUACGAACCAAUCUUCCGCAAGUUUGUACGUAAAAUGUGCAAGCAGCUGCUGGACGAUGGCGUCUUCUACGUCGACAUGAGAUCGGCAUUUUACACACCUUACAGGUGCCUCGGGAAAGAGGAGUGGGAUCCGGACUUCUUCAACAUGCUUGAACAUAUGGAGGAAGAAAUUGAGAAGUUCAAGGCAUCUGAGGAGGGUAAGGACUUCUGGGGCGCUCGGAUGAUCUGGACGACAGUGCGCGCUUUUGACAAGCGUCAGAUCAUCGAGAGCAUGAAACAAUGCAUCGAGAUGAAAAUCGAGUUUCCAGAGCUUAUCGCCGGAUAUGACCUUGUGGGCCAAGAAGACCUCGGUCGGCCUCUAGCGGACCUUGCACCCGAACUCUUCUACUUCCGCAAGAAGUGCGCAGAAGAAGGCGUCGACAUUCCCUUCUUCUUCCACGCUGGCGAAACCCUCGGCGACGGCGACUCCGUUGACGAGAACCUAUUCGAUGCUAUUUUGCUCGGAACGCGAAGGAUCGGUCACGGCUUCUCCCUGUACAAACAUCCGUUGCUUAUGGACAUGGUUAGGGAGAAGAAGAUCCUCAUCGAAAGUUGCCCAGUUUCCAACGAAGUGUUACGGCUCUGUGGUAGCAUCAUGAGCCACCCUCUUCCCGCACUGUUGGCCCGCGGCGUAUCAUGCUCGCUUUGCAACGACGACCCCACUAUCCUCGGACAAGGUGUCUCUGGGAUGUCUCACGACUUCUGGCAGGCUCUGCAAGGCUGGGAGAAUCUUGGACUCGAAGGCCUAGGUUCACUAGCCGAGAAUAGCGUGCGCUGGGCGAGCUUCCAGGACUACAGCCAGAAAGAGUGGGUCCAAGACAUCAAAGAAGGGACGAUGGGAAAAGGCAUAAGAGCCGAAAGGUUGAAAGAGUGGACGAAGAGGUGGGAGAGGUUUUGCGCUUGGAUAGUGGAUGAGUACGGGGUUGAUGAGAAUCUUGAUCCUGAGGAGUGA